AUGUCUACAAGAGGCUCGGACGCGUCGCGUCCCCCUUCCAGAUCCAAGUCUGCAGUCCUCACCUCGUCCGCUGCCAGUUCGCGCAGCAGGUUCCAAGAUGAGGCCUUGCCCUCUAACCCACACAAGAGGAGGCGUGUUUCUCCUGCCUUUCCCCUGGAGGAGCUCCUCAAACCAGCCAUUACAAUCAAGCCCCAAUUCUCUCUCGGCUCCAGCUCCGUGAGACCUCCUGUGUUGAAACCACUCAUGUUACUGUCCCGCGAGCACCUCUCAUUGUCGGCUCUGGAUUUGUCAGCCCCCAACGGGGAGUUCCCAAGCGGCCCAGGCCGGUUCUUCGAGUCGCACAUCCGAGUCUUGGAUCUUGAGGGACGACUAGGCCAGGCACCAAGCGUACUUAUCGCACGCUCAGACGCCAGUCGCAAUGUCUAUGCCAUCGAACGCCAUCAGACCGGCCUCUACGUCGUUUGCAAACUCGGCGCAUGGGUUGCCAUCGAGAAGCUCAGCCACCUCGCCGAAGCCUGUUACGAGCAGCGCUGUCGUCCAGUCCAGGCCGCACACGCCAACGUUGCCGAAGCUCCUUCAAUCACGCCCCAGCUGCAUCACGAGAGCAAGAAGAAGAGGCUCGCAAUAGAACAGAUCCAAUCCAUGGUCCGAAAGCGCCCAAGGGCCGUCUCCGGAACGCCUUGCGAAUCACAGCAGGACCAGAGCCAGCCUCAGUUUCAAACGCUGACGCCCGGCAUCGAACAUCUAGAGGACCCUUUCCAAGCACCCCAGCCAGAGAGUGGAGUGAGCGAGCCACCAGCCCAAGGUUCACAAACCGCUGUAGCGGAUUCAAAUGCCGACAUGCAAAAUUCCGCCGAAGACAUCUUUCAGAACAUCAGAUCCCAGUAUCUCGAGGCUCUUUAUCAUUCAAAGGGAUCGCUUGCGUAUUUUGCGAAGGGGCCACUGUCGCGAGCACGCGCCGCUUUUCACUUGGAUUGUGACGCGAACCUGGAUAUGAAUGAUCUCGUCGAGUUUUUGAAGAGCCUCACAAUGUCGACGGUGCAAGUGGACAAGAAGUUCCGUGAGACCCUACCCGAACUUGUGAAGGGCAUGAGAAUACUGGCGGAGAGCUCUGCCGAGGAUGAACCAAAGAAGAAGCGAAGAAAACCCAAGAAGAUGAAGCUUGGCAAAGACGGACUCUACCCCGGUGAGGUCGAUCAUGUGAAAAGCUGGUGGAGAACACACAAGUCCGUCGUGCAGGACGGCGAGGAAGCUACAAUCAACCCCCAGGAGGUCAAGUACCAUAUCUCCUGCCUUCGGACUCGAGAGACGCAGCUGCAAAUGAUUCUUAUCCUUGAGAUACUUGCAUUAGAGGCAGUGCGGCCGGCGGAAGAUGCACAGGACAGUCAGUUGCCAGGGCUGCCUGUUGGAAAUACGCCAAAGAAGACGGUCGAGCCCGUGCCAAAGAAGCGGCAUAAAUACAACUUUUCGACAUUGGUCGAUAUCCACGCAGAUCGGCUGUGUAUCUGGCAGUCCACCACGCCAGACGAAAUGGAGAUGAUAGCUGCUGAAUCACAGGAGAACAAUGGAUCGGAAAACCAAAAGUCAGCAAGGGCGAAUUCGGACCCACUAAAGGACUUCUGCGUGGAUAUUUUGCUACCAUUCUUCGCUGGCCGACUUCCCGAGUUGUGCGAAUCCUUGAACCGCAAAUUGGGAGGCCCCGUUGUCGUUUCUCCCCCAAAGCCAAAAAAGCCUGCUGCUACAGUUACUGCGAAGGCGCCAGCGAUGCCCGGAUCAGUCGCCAAGAGACCGGUGUCAACCAGUGCGCCGAAGUCACUGGACAAGGUUUUCUCACAUGACCAGUUGAGGCGGAAGGCAUCUCGCAGACCAACCGAUGUCCUGGCAAGAAUGAGAUCUGCGACGCCGGCCACCAUCCCGGGGCUGAAGCGUGAAGCAAGUGAGCCUGCUUCCUUGGGCAUGAUCCCAAGUGGAGAUAGGCCUCUGAAGGAGAGAUCUCGAAAUGUUUUGUCCCGGAGUGUUUCAAGUCUUACUGCGGACGACUCGAAGGCGCAGAAGAAAGCGAAGAUUGAAGCAGAUCUGAAAGAUGCCAUCUCAGCCCUCAAGAAGCCUAACAGACAAUUGGCGGGCAAGGCUAUUGUCGAGGAAGCCGAGAAGCGAAUAGGGACAUCGAGCUCGCCCCGUCCACGAAAGCCCAAGAAUCCCACUCGCUUCAAUGCUGGCAACAGAACCCAGAGCCAAAUCCAGGUCAAGGCUACCCCGGCUAACUACCGCUUCAAAGACGCUGUGUCAACAGCAGAUCAGCGUAGUUACGGUAGCUUCAACAUCCCUCCGCCAAGGACGGACUUGCAAGCAAUUCCGUCAAGUUCCGUCAUUCCGUCUACAGCACCUAGGAACGGUCUUCGAGAUGGCCUCGAAGCAUUUCACAUCGCCAGCACGCCGAUUGCGAACAAGCUGCAGGUAAACGCCGUGCCAGACUCGGCCGUAGCUUCAAGACCGACGAUCAGCGACCCUUUCGCACAACCAUCUUCUCCAUUGAUGUCUAGAAGGGUUGCACCAAGUACUCAAACACACCUCAACGUCCCAUAUAUCGACAUUCCUCCAUCGUCUCCUACCCUCCCACGCCUAUUCGAAACACCCAUCAAGCAGAGGUCCUCCACUGCCUUGGCGUUUGUGGACGAAACUGUCACGUCAACACCUCCUGAAGCUCUUCACACAGCCACCUUGUUUGCUACACCCGCGAAGAAAGCCCCUACAUCUGCUCCUCCUGUGACAGAGGAGCACAACAAAUCCAGCAGCAAACCGGCGCUGACUAUCUAUCAGCAGCUGGGCUGGGAUGAUUAUGACGUUGAUGACCUUGCAUGA